GGAAGUAGGCGGGCAAAUGUCAACUACGGUCACAGACGCUGUCGUGAACUUUACCGGUGUUGAACUACCCCUGGACCAAAACCUUCAGGGUGAGUAGUUAAACCAUGUAAUUGCAUUAAUGCUUUAUUACGAAAUCACAGCAAAAAUCUCUUAUUUCUUAAAUAUCGUAUCUGUAAGUCGUGGGUUUUGCUCUUGAAGGAGAUCAGAUCUCGUGCUGGACUCCACAUGGCUACCUAGCCGCCUAGCUUACCAACCAGCCCUGCUAGUUAGCAUUAGCCGUCUCUGGUUAAACACCAGCAGGUUUACCAUGUACUGUUGAUCUUCAGGUGUCGUUGUCUGUUGAAAACCACGAGUUAACCAUUUAACAUGUCACUCGGUAUAAAUGUUUUGAUCUUAUUUUAAAGCAUGUCGAGAGUCUGACAUAGCUAGGCCUGAGCUACAACCGACCUGCUGUUGUGUUAGUGUGAGGACAGAAUUACUGAUCACUCCUGGAGGAAGUUCAAUGAAGCUGAAGACAUGGGAGGAAACUGGAGUAACUACACCAGAGCGUGUAAACUGACUGUUUGUCAGAUAGAGAAUAUACAGAGUUUUGAAAUAAUAUAAGUUUAAAACGACAAGUUUCUAUUUUAUGUUAUUUUUUUAAUGUAACCUUUAUUUAAUCAGAUAAGUCUAAUUAUGAUCAGGAUCUUAUUUACAAAGGCGACCUGGCCAAGAGGUCAGCAGCACACACCACAAUAAGAAUAAAUUCAAGAAAAGAUUAAGGCCAUACAUUACAAACAAUAAAUCAGGGUAAUGAUUCAUCAAUGUGACAGUGUUAGUUGAACAGUUUUGGGAGCAGUACCAUUUCAACCCUAGAACACUAUCGCUAAAAUUAGUAACAUCAUCACUAUAACAGGGUGAUUUUUACCCGAAAUAAUAUACUCAAGAAAAACUACUUGUCAUCAAAAUAUGUCAUAAGAGGACAAUACAUGACAAAUUCAAGUAGUUUUCUUUCAUUUUUAACUGUGCAAUGUCCAAAGGGAGGAAAAAAGUGCCAUGAGGAGACCGUAUAAAAAUGCAACAAAAUAACCGAAAUUAGGCAUUCAUGAACAAAAAAUUACUAGACAAAAAAUAUAGAAACUGUAAACUUAGUUUCUUUUCCACCCAUUCCUGGGGUAUGUGAGUCUUCCCUGGUGAAGACUCAGGGUCCUUGGCACAAUAACAGCUGCAGGAGAGAGAACCAAAAUAUGGCUGAUUUUGAGUGAGUAAAAAUGACCAGCUGACUAAAAUUUUUUUUUUAUUAGGUGAUGCAGGACAGAUCAUGACAGGUGGUUGACAACAUAGAUACAGUGCAAACAGACAAUGGAGAUAAGACAAAGUGACAAAUACAGCAGUAACACAUAACAUUUACAUACAUUUAAAAAGUGUUGCAAGACUGUUUAAGUGAAAAAUCACUACUUUGUGAUAGUUAUUCAUAACCACUGCACUAAAUAAAGAUAACAUGCAAAUUCCAGGACCACUCUUACUGACCUAUUCACCUACAUGCAGCUAUCAAAUCCACCCAAACCUACUUUACCGUCUAUCACCUGAACACGUGCCUGUAGGAAAAAGCAGCUUUUGGAUCAGGAAAACAAAUAUGCCUUCAAAGAUAUCAAAAGUAAUGCUGAAGCUACCCAGAGACCCAUGAUACUCAGACAAACACAACACAAUGAAAAUCAUGUGAAGAUGUUUGGUCGGGUGAAAUCACUCGAUGAUAGUCUUCUAGGGUUAAAAACACAAGCGUUGCUCAGAGGAAUCUCGCUGCCUAGUGAGUAAUAGGGGACGAAAAGCUUUAACUGAAACCAAUUCUGGUAUUUCAGUUCUGUCUGUAACAUGUUCCAACCGGCAGCAUAACAAAAAAGCUUGUUUACCCAAUUCAGUUUGGACUCUGGGCACGUUCAGAUGAUAAAUUGUACAAGAGUGUAGGGCAUAGGUGCCCCUUGAAUUCUGCUGCAGAGAACAUGGGUAGGAUGGAAGUAAUCCAAGAAGAGACUUAUAAAUCAAGAUCAUCCAAUAAGAGUUCCUCUGGGAGCUGAAGGAGGGGCACUCAGCUUUGGCAUAGAGCUUACUGUGGUGAGUGAGGUGACCACAACCAGAGACAAAGUGUAAUGCACAGUGAUAAACAGUGGCAAAUGCCAGAAGACAUUUGGCUGAGGCACUCAUGUCACCAGGACAGAAAAGGAGCAGACAAGAUAUUUCCAAGCUCUUAGGGAAAAACAGGAUUAAAACCACUUCAGAGAUUGUAGAUGAGCCUGAAUUGUAUUAAAAGCUGUCUCCAAAAAUUCUAAAGCCUGGGAAAGUGAGGAAGUAUAAGUCAGUAUAAGUGCAACCCUGUAAUUUUUACAAUCUGAAACCUGUAUAGAAUCAUGUAAAAUCUUAAAGGCAGCAGUAACAGUCCAGUGCUGCUUUGUAAGUCCAGAUUGAAAAUGUGUUAAAAUGCCAUCAGCACCUAAAAAUGCUUUUAAUUGCUCACUGUCAAUUUUUUACAAACAUUUUUGCCAAGUUUAGAAAUUGUGAUAUAGUUAUGUACUCCUGAAAGAUUACCAUCCUUUAGAUUGUGGAGCACAAAAGCAGAUUUCUAUAUUCUGGGAAUUUUAUUCGAUUAAUGAAAUCUUCAGGUUUGACUCACCUUUUUAACCCUGACAGACUGUAUCCUGCACAUAUCAGAUUAAAUAGCUUUGAUUUAAUUGACAAGUGUGAUGAAUAAUUCAUGUAUCAUUUAUCUCUUUACUCGUCUGUACCAGUCUCAGAGUAUGGGCAGUGUGUUGGCUGCCGCCUCCCCCACUCCUGCCCCAGCUGCGGCUGGAGGUAGUCAAGGGGUCCCGGGGCUGGUGUCGGUCCCUCCAGGGUUCACCAUGCCUCCAGUGUCUUCCGUCCCUCCAGCAUCUGGACAGCCGGCAGAUGCAGAAUCCUCGCUCCCAAACCCAGGCACAUACGAGGAGUGCCACCGCAAAUGUAAAGGUUGGAGAAUUUCUUUAAUGCAUUGAAUAGUUUUAAUGCUUUUUAUCACAUUAACCAUGUCACUAUCCAUUCAUCUGAAGAAUACACUACUGCCAAUAAAACACACAAAUCAACCACAGUGCUGUGAACACUUGGGCUGUGAUCAAUCAAAGUAAAUCCUGGCUGACUGAAAUCACACCCACUCAACAACCUACUGAUCUGUCAUGAAAAAAUAAAUAAAUAAAUAAUGGCAUGCUAUCUAGAUCUACCCAAUCAGUGACAGUGUAGUCAGUGCACCCUGGCUGGUUUUCUAAAUUCACUUAAAAUUGAACACAAGCUUUUUUUUGCUGCAUAUUCCAUUUAUUUUUUGACUUGAUUAAGUUAUACACCUGCCUAUAAUCAUAUCUGAAAGUGUAACUACUUUCAUGAUUGUAUUGGAUUGCAUUAAAUUGCCCUGGUGUACAAUUGGAUACACAGGUACAGAACAGCUGCAGAAUAAUUGUGGUUUUAGUUUAAGUUUUCCUUCCCCCCACUUCUUGUCCUUUAUGCUCCAGAUGAGUAAAUUGUGAUUGUACAGAGACAUGUUAAGUCAACCUCAACUUGCAGGAGUGUGUAGAGUGUAGAGAGAGUCUAUCUAAGUCAAUUGAAAGCCUUACUGAGACCCUCUUAGAACUUUUUGUUUUACAACUUUAAGAUGUGUCCUUUAUCGGUCGAGGGAAGUUUGGGGGUCUUUCCAGGAGAAAUGUAUGAGCCAUGAUGCUGUGACUACAGAGCUUUGCCUCAGGGAGAAGGAAAUUCAAGGGUAUUUCCACAUAAGGGCACACACAGCAAUGGGAGUUCUGUCUUUUUGCUCCAUUGGUUUAUUGUCUUUUCUAAGUUUGAUCUCCUAAAGGCUCCUUACAUAAGCUGUCAUGGACUUUGGGGGUUUGCCCUUCACAGUAUGUCGACAUUGAAAGGGUUCAACUUUUCAGUAACAUUUCCUUCAACUUUUUUUUGCUACAGAGGUCUUCCCUCUGCAGAUGGAAGGGGUACGGCUAGUGGUCAACAAAGGCCUGAGCAACCACUUCCAGGUCAGCCAUACCAUCACCCUCAGCACUCUUGGUGAAUCCAGCUAUAGAUUUGGUUCCACUUACGUCGGCAGUAAACAGACUGGACCAGCAGAGGUAAUAAUCACAUCAAAUCACUAAAUAAUGCUCAAAUUUCUGUUUUUUUUUGUUUUGUUUUAUCCAAGCUGACUUCAGGAUGUUUUUUUGCCCUCUAGUCAUUUCCAGUCAUGGUUGGAGACAUGGACAACACUGGCAGUCUGAAUGCUCAGAUCAUUCACCAGCUUACUGCCACUGUGCGCUCCAAAAUAGCCAUCCAGGUAAGCAGAGCAACGGAGGAAACAUUCAUUCAUAUGUUGUCAUAAACAGAUCAAUAUUCCAGUUUUAAGAGUUUUUAAUCUCUGUUUGUGUGUUGCAGACGCAGCAGCAUAAGUUUGUGAACUGGCAGUGUGACAUGGAGUAUCGUGGCGAAGACUUCACCGCUGCUGUGACGCUCGGGAAUCCAGACGUUCUUGUUGGAUCUGGUAUGAUAUUCAAACAGUGAAGUGGAGGCUGAUUUGUAUUUGUUGGUAACUUAAGAUAAACUAAGCAAUAUGAUUAGUCAUAAGAAUACAUCGCUGAUUGAGUUUUUUUGGCUCCAGCUCAAAUUAAUAUUAAUUGAUACACACUCAGACAUGGUAAUAUUUUAGGCGUUGUUAAAUUCAACUGAGUUUCUUUCUGACAAAUUGUAAUUGAAGUCGUACUUCACAAAUUAAACCCUUCAUUUUUCAUAAGUGGAGGCAGGAAUUCCAGUUUAUCAGCUGAAUAUACAUGAGUUGUUUUGAAUGAGGCUCUUCACUCUGAUUUAAUCUCUGGAGCUCCUGAAACACUGAUCAUUCAAGGUGUAAAAGAGCUGUUAAUGCUUCUUCCUUUUAAUCAGGCAGAAGCAGAAACUAUUUAUAGCAACAUGGAGAGACUUUUAUCAUCUCGACCAAUUAGUUAGUCCCCUCUGAAAUUAAAAGAUGCCACUUGAAUGUUUUCUACAGUAUUACUUACAGCUGAGGAGGAAUAGACUGCUCCUUUACUCCAAGACUUUUAGAGACUUUUAGGAAAGUGUAAACAUUAUAAGAUUUUAUGGCAACCCUCAGAUGGAAGAUCGCAUUGCAUCAAAAAAGACUGGGAAAGAGACAAGUCUGUGACCAAAGAAAGGGGUUGAAAUCUGUUCAUCAAAACAGAUGAGGAAAGAUUUUAUCAGUGAUUUAUGUCCUUCAAAUUCUUCUUCUCAGGUAUUUUGGUGGCCCACUAUCUCCAGUCGAUCACACCAGGACUGGCUCUGGGUGGUGAACUGGUGUACCACAGGAGACCAGGAGAAGAAGGAACUGUAACCUCCCUCCUGGGCAGGUACACAGGUAAAACAUGCACUGUGAGAAAAGUUAAAUUGUUCCAUAAACCAUCUGUAUAUAGUGUAAAAUUACCAAUGCCAAUACUCCCAUUCACAAUUUCCAAAUUUUUUAUUUUUCUGUUGUGUGGCAGUCAUUUAGAAAACUUAAUACCAAAUUCAUAUGAGUGAUUAUUUUAUUUUUUUUGUCCCUGUAGGUGACAACUUUGUCGCUACAUUGACUUUAGGAGGAGCAGGAGCUCAUGCGACAUACUAUCACAAAGCCAAUGACCAGGUAAAAACCUCUUCUAAUGUCUGUCCUUUCUGGUUUAAAUUCUUUCAAGCCUGACUUAAACGGCUCGCACAGGCCCUCUAUAGAUCACUUGUGGUUUAAGUGCAGGAUAACUAUGUGGCAUAAUUUGUAGUGAUAAAGAAUUUUCGGGAGAAAAUUAACAACUAGCAUCAAUUACCUUAAAGGUCAAGUGCAUUUUUCUCUUCCUGAUCUUUGAAACACAGUGUUGCAGUAAAAGAUCAAUAAAUUGGAUCCUCUUCCUCGGACAGACAAUAAGAAAAAAAAAUAUAUUAUUUAUAAAUGUGGCUUCAAACUUGUUUUCUCCUUGUACAGCUGCAGGUAGGAGUUGAAUUUGAAGCCAGCACGAGGAUGCAAGACACGACAACAUCCUUUGGUUACCAGCUGGACCUCCCCAAAGCGAACCUGCUUUUUAAAGGUAAAAACACCAUAAUUAUACAGCUAAAGGCAGAUCAACAAUAAACAUGGAGUUCUUCUUUAAGAGACUCUUAUCUUUUCUCCCCACAGGCACCGUUGACAGUAAUUGGGUGGUUGGGGCAACACUUGAAAAGAAACUGCUGCCUCUGCCUCUCACACUGGCCUUAGGGGCUUUCCUCAACCACCGCAAAAACAAGUUCCAGUGUGGCUUCGGUGUCACAAUCGGUUAGGAGUGCUUGAGGGGGCUGCCUGGAGUGAGCUCACAGGCCACAGCUUGGACCGGCACAGAGACACACAGGAACCUGGACUAAGUUUUAGAAAUUGGAUUCAGAGACUCUCUUUCAACUGUGAUUUCUGGGGCAGACAGAGAGACAAAGACAACUACCAAGGAGCCAGGACUGGCCAAGCCAUGCCUACAUUCUGUAGCACAAAUGUCUUUCCUUUAUGGUGUAUUUCAUAUACCCAGAGGCUAGAGAGGUGUAUGUCAGAGGGCAUCAGUGAUGCAUGAGAACAUGUGACGUGAAAAUCAAAGUGGUUAGAAAUAAUAUAUGGUUAUCAUGUAUGAUGGGUUGAAAUAAAUGUCAUUACUUUUUGUAAAACUG